AUGGAGGGGAACUCGCAGCACGGUGGCACUGACCAUCGUAGGGUCUCCGGAGGCGCUGUUUCUUUCAUUUUCGCCGUGGUUUCAACUUUUUCUUCAGGUAGACCCCGCGAGCUCUCGGUAUGUCCUGUUAAUCCGAACCUCGUCGCCCACUGGUCCUCCAAAACUCUGCAAUUUGUGCAAGUUUUUGCGACCGGGGAUAAGAAUGAGGCAGUCUGCCACAUGGUCGACGCCAUUGGAAAAGAAGCGAAUUGCUUCAUUGUUUCUUUCGCUUGGUUUUCCUUGUCUCUGAAGAAAAGCGAAAAGGACAUGCGCUGCUGCUGCGCCGCAUCGCGGACGGGUCUCGGCUUCGUGUUUCACCUGGCCGAGGAGAAAGGCGUCACGACGCCGAAGCUUUUGUGGACAUUCCGGACUUCUUCCACGGUCACGAGUUUGCUGUUUUCUGAGCCCUACCUCGUCACUUGUCACGAAGAUCUCUCUGUUCUCUUCUCCAAGUGCAACUCGGAGUUCACUCUUCCUUUCGACGACAGCCAGUACCGCACCGCUCCCGAAACACCUUUUUCAGAAGUCGCAGAGGACAGCUGUCCAUCACUUCGCGUCCUCAGGGUCGUGACAGCUGAGCGCAGGAAGCGUCUUCUUCUCCUCGCCGAUGAGGUUUUACUGGAAUCGUCUCUCCCGUGUGUUUCUGAAGAUUCGGCGUCGGUUGUUCCAAAGAGAUCCUCUCAGAGCGAGGUGUCCCGAAAAACUUCCUCAAAAAGUGCACAGCCCGAGGGGAGAGGCGGAGAAAUCGCACAACUCGCCAACAUCCGUCUGCAGACGAAGCUCCUUGGACUUUGCUCUCACGAUCCUCUCGUUGGCGUCGUCGUCCGCGACGUCCCAGGAAAAGCAUCUGCGCCAGGUGUUGAAGACUUCGAGGUCACGACAGCGACAAGCACAGGACUGAUAAGGACUUGCUCACUGCACCUCCCGUCUUUCUGGGAGAACAAGGAAUCCCUUCGACAGUCGACUUGCCUCCUGAAGUCACAGAUUUUUCUGCCGACGCGACUGAGCUGUAUUUGCACCGCAGAGCACGCAGCGCUAGGCUCCGCGAUUCUCGCAGGAAGUGAAGGAGGCGUUGUUCGGUGUCUGAACUUGGCAAACUCUGAACUCGUCAAGGAAAUCAAAGUCGCGGAGGAACCCAUUCGAGGCCUCGCGGUCUGUCCAGAAGUCGUCGAAAACCACGAAGGUUCUUCGCUUCUUCUUCUGGGAGCCUUGAUUAGCGAAGACACUCUCGCGUUUCUUCGGGUGACAUGCGAAGGUUCUAGCUUAUCUUCUUCCACCUUCCGAGAUCUCGUAGUCCUCGGCACCUUGGCAGUCCCCAAAGCUCUCGGCCUUCAUAUGCAGGUAGCGGCAGGCUGUACAUGUUGGUCUGAUGCGAAUCGUGGACGGCCUCGCAGAAACCGUUUGUCACUUCAUGCAGAAGCCGAUGAAAUGCGAGUUAUGCUGAGAAAAGACGUGGCGUGGAUUCAACACCCCGAGGCUUCUCUCUCUGCCUCCACACGCUGGCUCCUCGCCUGUGGGAACAUUCUACGUCUGGAAGAACCGCCUCUCAAUGUCCUUUUCUUCGUUGCUGCUCCCUCUCGCUCCUCCCUUCCUCGAAACGAAGAUCUGUCCGACACUUGUCUGCUCCGCGCUGCUAAACUCGACGUCUGCCCCGCCUGCCUCUGCGUCGUCGCCAAAGGCAUCUACGUCGGGACUGCGCUGGGCGAGAUCGUUUGCUUCGACUUUGUCCAGCUCUGGAACGACACAACUCGCCCCACAGAUCUCGACGCCUUGAUUCGUAGUCCUCCGGCCUCUCCUCUCUGCUGCAUCGCAGUGGCUUCUAGUCUCCUUCGGAGCCUUGCGUCUCCAUCUGUCUCUUCUGCUUCUCUUCCACCUCCCGCUGUGGCUCCUCUAGCCGCAGACACCUGCCUCCUUCUGGCGACAUCGGCGCACAGUCGUGUGCAUGCAGUCAGCGUGCCUCGGCUUCCGCAGCGUGAGAUCGAUUCCGGAGGAGACGAGUCUUCGGUGGCGAACAGCGUUGCUAAAGACGCGGCGACAUCCACAGAAAAGGCGCCUCCAUCAAAAACAGAAGGUCGCACGCGAAAGAACCUUCUCUGUCGAGUUCUCUGGACUCGAGAUCUCUGCGGAGACGCCGGGGGCACAGACAUCUCAGUGACCUCCGCUGUCGCGUUUCCACUGCAGGACGAUGUCCGUUUCCUCGUGGCGACGAUCGCCGGACGCGACGGCCUUCUCAUCUGGAAGAGUAGCCUGUCGGGGCAAGAAAGCAAAUCUGACAGAUCGAGUUCUGCUGCUCAGACACCCUGUGGUCUCGCCUGUGAGGUUCACCGAACACCGCCCAUCGCUUGGGUGCAACCUUCUCCCUCUCUGCUAGAGACGAGAGCCGCGAGAAAAUACCUCGGCUGUGGCGAUGCCUCCAUGGAACUCUGGAAACCGGAUCCCGCAGUCGAGGCUCACAUGACGUCGAAAGAGACGAGUCACGAAAAUGUCCAAGACAGUCAGGAAAGCAGAGAAGCGGUUGCAGCCGAGAUGCGAAAGAUUCGAGAGGCUCUGGCCGUCCUCGUGGCGGAGAACGAGACGCGCGCGAGCGCGGAGUCGCUCCCGCGAGAGGCGUUCUGCCUCGACGAGGAAGAGCGAGAGAAAAUUGCUGGCGACGCUGCGAGGGAGAAACAGCGUUUGUGGCAGGAGCACCAGCUGCAUGCAUUGGCGUUCGAGGCUCUCAGAGACCGUUUGAUCGAGAAAUUCUGGAAACAGCUAAAACGUCAUGGAAGAGUACUCGCGUCACUCGCAGACGGAAAUCCCGAGCUUGUCAGAGAUUUCUCAGUGUCGCAUGUCCCAGUCGAGCAAGCGAAAAUCGAUAAAAAAGUCUGCUUUCUCCGAAAGCUGGAGAAACGCGAGAAAGCGUGGUUGAGAAAGGUGGAGGUCGCAGACAAAUCUCUGUUGCAGAUGAAAGUGGAGGAACCGCUUCUUUUGACGCCCUGGCUCGAUCGCAUGCAAGAAGAAUAUAUAUCCCAUGCCUGGGUCGAGCGCGACAGCCAGGCGCCCUAUUCUGCAAGCGGAGCGACGACUGCGACCGAAGGAGCUCUCGAACAGACAGGCGGUCUUUUUUCAGAAGAUGAUCCUCGUUUUCAGCAUGUGAAAGAAUUGAGAUCUUUGCUCUACCCCCCUCUACAGGUUCUUUCUAUGUCCAGGCGUCGCUUGCAGAGCUGUCUCUUAAACCAAGUAGCUUCUGCACUGCGCGACGCCUUCAACCAGAUGUUCGACGCAGUCGCGAUGGACAAGAAACGAACUGUUGAGCAGAUCAACCAAAGAGCGAAGCUCGCUUCUGCCAUUGCGGCAGAAUUAAAGUGCGCACAGAAAGUCGCCGCAUACACGUCUCCUGCAUGCGAAGAUCCAGAGGCUCUCCUCAAGGUUACGGAGGAGGAUGUUCUUUCUGAAUUAGGUUUUGUGCCUUCCUGGUUGUCAUCUGGAGAAAACAACGAGGAAGGAAAAGAAGAAGAUUCAAAUGCGUGCAUCGAUGAGGCGUCAGCCCGUGCUCUUCAACAGAUGAUGGAUGGUCAAUUAAACAGCAAAAAGGACAUGAAUGUUUUAGAAAUAAAACUUGAAAAAGAGGCGUGGAUGGACGAAGUUAAGCCAGAAGACAUGACGGAGACUCAGAAGAAGAAGGUCGCUGAGUUCGAAAGGCAGACGACACAGCUUGCGGCUCUUCAAGAGGCGUACCGGAAGAAGCAGGAGGGAAAUCUUCUCCGCGUUAAAGAAGAAAUCCGAGACCUGAGGCAGAAGUUCCAGGAUAAAUUCAAACGCCUUCAAGACCAGCGACGACAAGUGGAGACAGAGAUCUCGAAGGAAGAACUGUACAGCAUUCGCCAUUGCGUUUGGGUGAACUCGAGCAUAGACCGAGCUAACUCUCUGGACGACCUCCUACGAGAACUGAGCGACUGCUCGCGGCAAACCAAAAGAACCACCGAAGAGGUCGCAAAAGUUCGAGAGAGAUGCGAACAGCUUGAAACUCAACAUCGCAAUGCUCAACAGACCGAGAAGGAGAUCGUCGCCUCUCUGAAAGCGUGUCUACAUCAUGCACAGCUUCCUCCAGAAACGUACAAUGCCCUUAUGGCGAUCUUUAGACAAAAGCGAAAACAAUCGCAAAACCGUCGGUCAACGUCGAUGUCUUCUUCCUCUGAACGUCGAAACGACGCCCUACAGGAAGACGAAUCUUGUCGUGGAGGAGCGCGACGGUCUCCUGAUAUUCCAGAGGACACUGCGGUUCCCGAAGGAGUUGAUGAAACUUUCCUCCGGAAGGUUCUGCAAGCACGACAAGACAAGCGUGAGGCGGAAAGUCGCCUCUCGGCGAUUUCGGCCUCUCUGGAAAAAAGCAGGCGCUACCUGAGCUGCCUGCAACAGAGACAGCAGCAGGAAGCAUCCCUGGAAGCCUCUUUCGUUGAGAGAAUUUCAGAGGCGAGGCGAGAGUUGGAGAUGAUGGAGAUGGACGUUAAACUUCUCAUCGAAAUCAAGCAGGGACGCGUUGAAGUCUCUUCACCGGCACCGGUCAACAUGUACGAGGAUGCAUGCAUCGUUCACAAAGAGGCAAUUGAACGGUGUAACGAGGCGAUUCUGGCGAUUGGGAAGCAGAAACUCGACAUUCUUGAAAUGAUCAAGGAGUUCCGCAGGAAGAUUGUCAUGGUCGAAUGGGAGAAACAAGUCCUCGAUGCAGAGGCAAGAGAGCUAGAAGAAAAAACGAAGGACGUCCACAUGCUCCGUGUCACGAAGGAAAUCCAGAAAUAUCUGGCGGCAGAUGCCGACAAGAAAGAGAGACGUUCGCAAGCGGGCGUCGGGAAAGAAGCAACGCCGAAAGUCCCUGCAGAGUCGACGGUGACGGAAAACUCCGGAAAAGUCUCUGGACAGCUCCACACAAAUGCUGAGCAAGAAGGAGAGAUUCGACGAAACUCUCAGCUCGAUGUCCUGGACAAGAAAAUUCGCGAAUUGCGGCAAGACAUAAAGAAGAAGACGUGUGAGAAUGCUGCGCUCGAGAAGCUCGCGAGCGAUCUCCAGCAGGAUGUUGCCUACGGUCAAAAAAUAAAGCAGUUACGAGAAAAGCCUCUUGGUCUGCUUCUCAGAACGAGUAGUCUUAUUGCAGGGAAUAAUAAAAAAACCAGUCUUCAGUACGUGCGUCGCCUUCAGCACGCAGCCAGGCGCCAUACAGACGAGAUCGACGAGCUUAGAGAAGAAUUAAACAGACUUCGGGCGCGAACGAUUCCGAUGUUUGAAUCUGCGGUGUGAAAAAUGGAAUCUCCUAUUGCUUCUCUCUCAUGCAAGUCUCAAAAAUGUGACUGCCGGCAACUCAAAAAGUGGUUCCAUGAAAUGAGAAGUUGGCGACGAGAGACAAAAAUGGGAAACGAUGUGGAAUUCAUUCUACUUCGAUUUCCGAUCCCGUGCAGUGGAAAAGCGCUGCCACUUGGCGUCCAUAGGACGAUAAGACGAAAUGCCAACGGGGGUCAGGAAUUGUAAAACCUUGUCAGUUGCCUCCUAAGCACAUAUACAUACAGAUACUAAUCUUCAUCAGUGUCCUUUACGCGGUCGCUAACCUUGGGGUCGCGCGCAAAUCCGUAGACUUUUAUCGACAUUUGAUUGGUGAAUUUGACUUUUUCAAUGGCUUACCUGUACCUGCACUGAA